AUGCCAAUAUCUCGUCUUGUACCAGGGCGGUAUCCCUCACCAAACACAUCCCCCAUCGCUGAUAAAAUCAGAGAACGACGAGGAGCAAGAGGAUUGACUCCCCUUGAUGGAACUUUGCUGCACGUUCCGCCUGUUGCCGAAGGAUGGAAUAGUCUUCUUGGAGCAGUUAGGACAAAAGGAAAGCUGAGCGCUGAUAUCAGAGAAUUGAUGAUAUUGCGAGUAGCAGCGAUAAACCACGCUGCAUUUGAAUGGAUCCACCAUGAGCAUGUCGCUAGAGACGCUGGACUGACCACAGAACAAUUAUAUGUAAUUCGGGAUACAUCUUUUCUCCCGUCCCCUGGAAAUGCAAUAUUGUCUCCUCUGCAAUCUGCUGCUCUAGCAUUUGCGCAUCACUCUACUUCCACUGUAAAAGUUCCGCCAGAAGUAACACUGUCUUUAGCCGAUGCACUUCGUAGCUCUAUCGCUUCCGGUUCCAAUGAUACAGAAUCGUUGGCACAAGACCUUCUCGUUGAAUCUGCCGCCGUCGUCGCCUCUUAUAACAUGGUUUCUCGCUUCCUUGUAUCCCUCGAUGUGGCAGCUAUGUCAGAUUUCCCUCCGCCUUGGCCCGCAACCAAGUCCACUUUCAAGGUACCCUUAUCUGUAGACCCGGCCAACGGUGUAUUGGAAGAUGGUCAUUUCCUUUAUGCCGAAACUCACGUAACAGAUCCCGAUGCACCUUGGAUUGUAUGUGCAAAUUCCCUCCUCACCACCACUGAUAUGUGGGAAUGGGCUUUGGAAAAGAUGCUGGCCCCGCAACCGCAUGGAGCGAAGGAAACUUUCAAUGUUUUACUUCACGAUCAGAGAGGCCAUGGUAAAUCGUCGUUCCCCUCAAACACGAAGCCAGACGGACUCCAAUGCACAAUUCCCAUUCUUGCAUCUGACAUCGCAUACCUCAUAUCCACACUCAUCUUACCCUCAUCUUCAUCUGUACGAAGCACUAUCGACUCUGAGCCCAAGGUUCAUGCAGUGAUUGGGGUAUCUCAAGGUGGUGCAGCCGCACUCGCAUUCACAGCAAUGUACCCUUUGCUCACAAAAUCGGUUGUGUCGUGCGAUACGGGUCCACGAACGCCGGAAGGAAAUAAAGCUGCUUGGACUGAGAGAAUUGAGCUUGUGAAAGCAAACGGAGGUGGCGAGGAUGGAAUGAGAAAGCUGGCGGCUAUCACGGUGCCAAGAUGGUUCCCCGCCCCAAGUAGAUUUAGCUCUAUAUAUGGGCGUCGACCACGUUCUGAAGCACUCCAAGCACAACUUGUAACAACAUCGCUGGAUGGAUUCAUUGUCGGUGCAUCUGCAUUACAGGAUUACGAUCUUCUCGCCGGCACAGGCAUGAACCGAUCCCUUCUUGACGUUACCAGCCCUGCCGAUCCCAAAGUAUUACUUAUCGCUGGAAGCUUAGAUGGGGGAGGGAAAGUGUCGAGUGGAAUGGGUAAAUUGAGGGAUGCGUGGAAUGCGAAGAGGAUACCAGCAGGUGGAGGGUCUGUCAAAUUAGAAGUAAUAGAAGGUGCAGGACAUUUGCCGAUGGUUGAUGAGACGGAAAAGUGGUGGGAUAUUGUUGGUAAAUGGUUAGCGGGGAUCUGA